CAUAAAUUAAAACAUUUUUAUAUGUUUGAGAUCCGCCGCUGUCUCCCGGUGGGGGUCCGUUCUCCCGGGGUUCGACUCCGGUUCUGCAGCCUCACGGUCCGUCAUGUCCCGGAGCGGCGCCGCCUCUAGAUGGCGCUGUGGUCCUCGCGCACCGGAAGCAGCGGGACCGUCACUUCCGGUUUGCAGGGACAACAUGGCGAUGCUCGGCAGGGUCGCGACCAGGCUCCAGUUCGGAGUCCGAAGCCGUCCUUCGUUCUCCGUCCGGGCGUCUUUCUGCUCCGGUAACCCCCCCGCCGACAGCCCCCGCUCCGGGUUCGCCGCCGCCUUCGAGCUGCAGACGGAGCUGCGGCGGGAGGCGGAGAGCUCCGGGCCGGCCGGCGCCCCUCCCGGGACGGAGCGGAGCUUCACCGCGCUGCUGCGCCGCUCGCCGCUGUUCCAGAUGGGGCCCCCCCGGGACCGCGUGGUGGUGGGGAGGGUGUACCACGUGGUCCAGGACGACCUGUACGUGGACUUCGGGGGGAAGUUCCCCUGCGUGUGCCGGCGGCCCGCCGAGGGGGGGCAGGAGCUGCAGCGGGGCUCCAGGGUCCGACUGCGCAUGCUCGACCCGGAGCUCACCGCGCGCUUCCUGGGAGCCAGAACCGACACCACGCUGCUGGAGGCGCAGGCGGUUCUGCUGGGCCCACUGGACGGACGGGAGCCGCACGGCCGGGACUAGAACCGGGAGCAGAACCAGGACAUCCGGACCACACCGGUCCAGAGACUGUCAUUGACCGCGUGGACAUUGAGCAUGCGCAGAGAGACUCAGGACAGCACGAGUUUCUUUAUUUGCUCUUUAUUAAGUUCAAAGCCAGAGCGGGGGGCGGGUCUGUUUAGAUCCUUACUCAUUGGACACGCCCCUUCAUGUCUUGUCACGUGACCCGGGGAUCACCUGACAGUCCCCCGCAUCCCAUGAAGAUCUGUUUGUUUAUUUAUCAGAAUUCUGCAGGAGGAAAACAAUACAAUUUCUUUUUUGACAAA